CACAGUGAAAAGGGACGGUUCGAACAUCUGGAAUAUCGGAAUAAAACAGCAACAAACAAAAGCUGAGAGAAGAAGAUGUCCUUCCCAGGUCUCAGAGGAGAUCUGUAACCCCACAGUAGAUCUCGUAGGUUCUGGUCCGAUCAGAAUGAGCUGGGCUGCGGACGACUGGACUUCAGGCCUUUCGGGCCAUGUCCUGCAGAAGGUUCAGGAGCUCCAGGCUCAGCAGGAAAGACUUAACCGGGAGAAACAGCAAAAACAGCUCCAGCUGGACAAUGUGGAAGCUGCACUGCAUAAGCAGAAACUCAAGAAUGAGGAGCUGCGUGUGGACCUGGUGGCAGUGCAGAGGGAGCUGGUGGCGGUGCAGGAGCAGGCACAGGGGGAGGUGAGAGCGAGGGAGCGUCUGACUCAGGAACUUCAGAUGAAGCAGGCCCAGGUGUGUGGACUGGAGGGACAGCUCGAUUCUGCACGGACCCUCACCCAAACCCUCACACAAGAGAUCAAACGUCUUGAAGCAGAGCUAGAGAAGUUACAGAAGGGAAAUGGCUCAGGGGACUCCGUGUUGUUUUCCACUCCCUGCUGGAACAUGACCUCACCCUGGGACAAUGGCUCCAGACCAGAUGAAAGGCCUGGCUUAAGAGGAGAUGGCGACAUGAAAGCUCAUAGUGUCAGACAGCUUCAGUUCGGAGACCUCAGUCCCAAGUCCUCAGUGGGCAGCACCUCUUCCCCGCUUCCACAGCAACCGCACAAAACCCCGCCUCUAACUCGCCAUGUACGCCAAUCAGAGACCCCUUCUGGUGUGUUUCCGUGGGAACGGGACAACUCAGUGUCUGCUCCCAAAGGAAGAGUAACGUCCUCAGGCCCCUCUUGCAAUGUCAUCGUCAGGGGCAGCGACUCUGGGGAUUAUGGGAUGGAAGAGGCACUGAGAAAAGAGAGAGAUACUGUGCAGGAGCUGCGUAAGUGGGCGGAGUCUCUGGAGGGGGAGCUGCGGGCAGAGAAACAGCGCUGUAAGGAGUGCGAGGCCCGUCUGGCCGAGGUCAAACGAGAGGUCAACACCAAAGAGCAGAGUCUGACCCGCUCCAGAGACGAACUGAGCCGAGCACAAACGCGUAUCGCACAGGAGGGCGACCGGGCUGAGGCAGCAGAGCAGCGUGUCAAGCAGCUCCAGGAAGAGCUGAAAUGUCAGAGGCAGAACGCUGAGACCAGCCGCUGCAAUGCCGAACAACGGAGGAAAGAGAUGGAGAGAGAACACAAUAAAGAGCUGCUGGAGCUACAGAAAGAGAGGCAAGCUUCGGAGAGACAACACCAGCAGGAAAGCAAUAAACUCAACCAGGAGAUCCAGCAAGCUAGAGCACAACACAAUACACUGCAGAGUCAAUACGACAAGCUGUCCCUACAGAAGCAGGCUGUAGAGAGAGACCUGGAGACGGCGAAGGGAAAACUGAAAGGUGUUGAGACUGAUCUGUCAGAGACACGGAAGAGAGAGGCUCAGACCCAGGCCAAACUCACAGAGGCGCAGCGGGAGAAUGAGGGGCUGAGUGUGCGUCUGGAACAGCUGAAAAAGAAAGAGAAAAACCUAGAAGAAGAGGUGAAGAGGCUGACGGAGGAGCUGGCGGAAGCUUUGAGACUCAUUAAAGAACUCCAGGACAAGCUUGCAGCCUCUGCUGCAGCAGCUGCAGCAGCUCCUCUUCACGCAACCGCUGCUGCCGAGAGUUUCUGUCCCGCCGUAACGAUCAUCCAGGAGCGCUCUCCACCUCACCGCCCCUGCACCCAGAGGAAAAAACUUCAUAAAACGGAGCGAGCGAGAGAAGAGGGACAGGAGAGAAUGAAGUACCCGUCCAACCGAGAGCCCGGAGAAGGUAUUGACUCAGAACACAUCGCUGAGUUUGGGUCUGAGGACUCAAAAGACCAAAAGAUCAGAGGAAACAAGAAGAGCCAAUGUGAACCUGGAAGACAAAGUGAAACUGACAUGGAAACGUCCCUAACUGAGCAAGACACUGGUAUAGAGGAUACAGACACAGAGUCCUACAUGUCUGACUCCACUAGUGACACAGCACAUAAGCCUGAUGGGGAUUAUAUCUGCGGUUCGCGAACGGGUGGUGAUCAGGAUUCAAGUAAAAAUAUAUCCUCUCAUCCUGGUUCAGGGCAAAAAAAUAACUCCUCUUCGCCAGAUAACUUAAAAAGAGAGAAUACUGCUCUCCGGGAUGAACUCCAGGAUGUUAAGCAAGAGCUUCAGCGGCGACUGGAUGACCUGGAGACCCAGAGGAGAGCAGAAGCAGAAGCCAGGACCAAACUGAAACAACUGAGCAGAAAACACUCAAACCAGGCAGAGCAGCACCGGACCAAAGCCCAGGAGCUCCGUGAAGCUGCAGGAAAACUGGAGGCCCAGCUAGAGGAGGAAAGGAAGGAGGGUGGAAAACUCAGACAGACACUAGCUUUGCUGGAGAAAGAACUCCAAACAUUAAAGGAAGAGAAAGAGAGGAUAAAGGAAAGAGAUGAUGAAAAUGAGGAAAAGGAGAGAAGCAGGCUUGAACAGGCCUUAGCUGACAUGGAAAGAAAACAGCUUGAAAUGGAGGAGGAAAGUGGUCAGUUAAAGAGGGAUCUGGAAGCGCUUCAGUCAGAGCUCGCUCAGGUACGAGAGGAGAGAGAGAAGGAGAGGGAUUUAGAAAGGAAACAACCUCAAAAAGAGGAGCUGAAGGCAGAACUAGAUUUGAGAGCAAAAAUACAAGAGCUCCAAGCGGAGCUGGACAAGCUACGGGAGUCUAGUCAUUCAAAGGAAAAAGACUUAAAAGACAAUGCUCCUCUGACAUACCUACAGCUUGGAGAUCUGGACACCAAAAACAACGCGACAGUCAUCUCUGAAGGCAUCAUUCCAUCACCUGACGCUCACAUGGCCUUCUGUGAAUCUGUCAAUCAACAGAACGCCAUAGUUUCCCAGGAGGUAAUGACAUCAGACCUGAUUACGGAUUUUACAGAAUAUGCCGGAAAAAUUACGCACAGCGUGAGCUCUGUAGAAGACAAAGAGGGAAGUCCGCCAAAUAUAAAAACACUCUCAGAUUUGGAUAAGACUGCAUUUUUGCUCAAGGAGUUGGAGCGUGUAAGGAUGGAGAAAGAAGGGGAGGCUGAGGCGGCCAGAAAUACCCAGAAAAAACUGGAAGCAUUACAAAAGCAGGUUACGAGUCAGACCAAGCAGCUGACUCAAGCCUUCGAGAGCCAGACCAAGCAUAUUCAGAACCUGCUGACAGAGCUUCAAGAAAGAGAGAGUGCCUUGCUAAAACAAAAUAAAGAAUUGGACCUCUGUCGAGAAGAAAUUGCCAGUCUUAAAGCUGAGAAGCAAUUAUGGCAAAAGGAGUUGAAUGUAACAGCUUCAGUGAACCCAGAACAGUCUGUAGAUGUCUCAGAAAGUAUGUGA